UUCAUUAUUAGAUAGUUUUGUUGAACUCGAGAAAUUACAGUGUUACUGUUAGCAAACUUUAAAAUUCUGAAAGAACGACAAGUUAUUAUAAUUUUUCCAGUUGGAUCAGUUCUGGCGUUUUCCUAAACUGGUGGAGAUCGAGUGAACUGUGGUUUACAGUCAUGGCAGAGAAGCCACCAGCUUCAGUUAGUCAGUCGAUACUACUUGAACAGUAUCUUAUUUUGGCCAAGACAGCUAAAGGAAUUGCUGCAGUGGGAUUGAUAAAACAGGUUUUGGAGGCUCCUGGCAUUUAUGUAUUUGGAGAGUUGCUAGACAUGCCUAAUAUUAAGGAGAUAGCAACUGGUGAAAGUGCAUCUUAUUUUCAUCUUCUAAAUGUGUUUGCUUAUGGAACUUUUGCUAACUAUUUGGAAAAUAAAGCUAAAUUUCCCGAACUUACACCGGCCAUGAUCACCAAGUUACGUCACUUAACAAUUGUUUCAUUAGCAACGAAGUCAAAGUGCAUACCUUAUUCUACAUUGUUGAAAGAAUUGGACCUUCAUAACUUACGAGAACUGGAAGACUUAAUCAUUGAAGUCAUCUAUGCAGAUAUUGUCCGAGGAAAGCUUGACCAGAAAAACAACCAAUUAGAAAUAGACUACACAAUUGGUAGAGACAUUCAAACAGAAGAUGUCAACACAAUAGUCUCAAUACUUCAAGAAUGGUGUACAAGCUGUGAGACAAUUCUCAGUAAUAUAGAAAGCCAGAUUACAAAAGCUAACAGCCUUAAGGAUUUCAACAUGAAGCAAAAACAACAGAUUGAAACAGAGGUAAAUAACAUUAAGAAAAGCUUGAAAGAUCAGUCUCAGGACAGUGAAGAACAAAUGGCCACAGACUCAAGAGAAGGUGUUACUGAUAAAGCUGGGAAAAAGCCAUCAAAAACAAAAGGGUUGAGAGGAAGCAGUGGCAAGUUCUGGCAGAAAUCUUCAUGAAGAAUUGAAUAGAAGUGUAUUUCUGAAUUAUGUAAAUAUUUUAAAAAACUUAAGCUCUGUACCACUAAGCUAAUAUCUUUUUUUUGUAAGGCUGCAUUCUCCUUAUAAUUGCUGUAAAAACAAUAAAAAAAAUACUACAAAAAUUUAAUCUCCA